UUUUAUGUUAGGAUUAUGUUUGCUACCUUCCUAGCUCUAGUUGUCACCACUUCACCAGUAUCAAAAGCUAGUUUUUGAUUUUUGAUCAAACCGUCUUCUCUUUUGACCAUUUUCAUGUAGUACAAUGAAAAAAGAGAGGACGGGAGAUAACGUGCGUCCUUUUAAAUUAGCACACCAAAUAGUCAGCCUUACAGGUAUCAACUUUCAAAGGAGGAGCAUUAUAGGUGUGGUUGAAUUGACUAUAGUCCCUUUGAAAGAAAACCUCCGGAUCUUAAAACUAAAUGCAAAACAGUGUAGGAUUUAUAGGGUGUGCAUUAAUGAUACGAUUGAAGCUCCAUUUCAGUACUUCGAUCCAUUUUUAGACAUUACACAUGGCGAUGAUAAAGAGAGGAGUUUGGAAUUUUUUUCUAAAUCCCAUUUGAAUGCUGCACUUCAAAUCGAUCCUGACAAUAAUGGAGGGGAACUUGUUAUUACUAUUCCACCAGAGGCGGCCAAUUUGGUUGUCGAAGGUAAAAACUUUAGGCUCGGCGUUGAAUUCAGCUUGGAACAACCCCAAGGCGGAGUUCAUUUCGUCAUACCCGAAGGGGAAGGAACACUAGCAGAAAGAGGUGCUCACAUGUUCACCUACUGUUAUGAAAAUUCGUCGAGGCUUUGGUUCCCAUGCGUAGACAGCUUUGCAGAACCUUGCACAUGGAGGCUGGAAUUCACAGUGGACGAAAACAUGACGGCUGUGUCCUGUGGCGAUUUGAUUGAAGUUGUUUAUACACCAGACAUGAGAAGGAAGACUUUCUACUACAGCCUCAACGUUCCCGCAGCCGCUCCAAACAUCGCUCUCGCCGUUGGACCUUUUGAAAUAUUCGUUGAUCCUUAUAUGCAUGAAGUGACCCACUUUUGUUUGCCCGGAUUGAUGGAAAAUCUGAAAGUUUCCGCACGUUACAUGCACGAGGCUUUUGAGUUCUAUGAAGAGACUCUUGCCAAUCGUUAUCCUUAUCCUUGCUAUAAACAAGUUUUUGUUGAUGAAACUGAUGUGCCCAUUUCUGCUUAUACAACUAUAAGCAUUCUAAGUACAAAUCUUCUUCACUCUGCGUCAAUUAUUGACCAGGCUUAUAUUACAAGAACGGCAAUGGCACAAGCGGUGGCCGAGCAGUUUUUUGGCUGUUUUAUCUCAAUGCAAAACUGGUCAGAUGCUUGGCUCCCAAAGGGAAUCUCGACCUACCUUUGCGGUCUUUAUUCAAAAAAGUGUUUCGGAAAUAACGCAUACAGAGAAUGGAUUCAGAAGGAUUUACAAGAUGUUGUUAAAUAUGAAGAGGAAUUUGGUGGAAUAAUAAUGGAUCCUAGUCAACCACCGGCAUCAUUACCAGUCCCUUCUCCAGCGCCUAGUGUCGCGCCAAAACCAGUCGAUCCAGGUUUUCACUUUCCAUUCAAAAAUCUUUACACGGUUUCACCCUUGUAUAUGGAUGUCAUGAGAAAAAAGGCUCAAUUGGUUAUUAGGAUGCUUGAACACAGAAUUGGCUAUGAGCUUCUUCUUCAGGUAUUAAAUAAACAUUUGUCACUGGCAUGUAAUGCAUCAACACAAAAACUAUCAUCAGGUCAAUGGUCGCAUAUGCUGAUCAGCACAAAUACAUUUGCUAAAGCGAUUUUCACAGUUACUGGUAAAGACAUGGCUGUUUUUAUAGACCAGUGGGUGAGAACAGGCGGCCAUGCAAAAUUUCAUCUACAAUUUGUUUUUAAUAGAAAAAGAAAUACCGUUGAGUUGGAGAUCAGGCAAGAUGCAAUAACGCAAAAAGGAAUAAGGAAAUAUUUAGGCCCUUUACUCGUCACGAUCCAAGAGCUUGAUGGAACUUUUAGGCACACGCUUCAGAUCGAAGGGACUAUAGCAAAAGCCGACAUCACCUGCCAUUCUAAGAGCAGGAGAAACAAAAAGAAAAAAAUACCCCUUUGCACUGGGGAAGAGGUCGAUAUGGAUCUAUCUGCUAUGGACUCAGACUCUCCAGUUUUAUGGAUUCGACUUGAUCCAGACAUGACUCUGGUUCGAUCGUGCAAUAUAGAUCAACCAGACUAUCAAUGGCAGUAUCAGCUGCGCCAUGAGAGAGAUGUGACUGCUCAGUUUGAAGCGAUAGCAGCUUUGGAAAGGUUUCCAACACCGUCUUCUCGAGUCGCUCUCACAGAUACUAUAGAAAAUGAACAAACUUAUGUCAAAGUUAGAUGUGCAGCAUCACACUGUUUGACUAAAGUUGCAAAUUCAAUGGUAGCAAAUUGGGCAGGACCUCCAGCGAUGUUGGCCAUAUUUAGAAAACUUUUUGGCUCAUUUUCCUGUCCCCAUAUUAUAAAACAAAACAACUUUCAAAAUCUCCAGCAUUACUUUUUACAGAAGACGAUACCUAUGGCAAUGGCAGGAUUAAGAAAUACGCAUGGCAUUUGUCCUCCUGAAGUUAUUAAGUUUCUUUUAGACCUUUUCAAAUACAAUGAUAACAGUAAAAACAAAUUUUCUGACAAUUAUUACCGAGCAGCUUUAAUAACUGCACUCGGUGAGACAGUGACACCAGUGAUAUCGGUUGUUCAACAAGGUACAGAAAUAACUGCAGAAUCCUUGUCGCCGGAUACCAAACUUGUGCUGGAAGAAAUAACAAGGAAUUUGAAUCUUGAGAAACUUUUACCUUGUUACAAAUUGACCGUUACGGUUGCCUGCCUCAAAGCGAUCAGGAAACUGCAAAGAUUUGGCCAUCUUCCAAGCAACCCCAACCUUUUCAGAACUUAUGCAGCUUAUGGACAAUUUGUUGAAGUAAGAUUGUGUGCAUUGGACGCAUUGGUCGAUUACACAGUUGUCGACGGAAAAUGGAACGAUCUGGAAUUUUUGUUGGAGACGGCCGAAGAGGAUCCUGAUCCUGGUGUACGGUUUGCCUUGGUGAGAAUGCUCUGUGAAAAGCCACCUUUUCGUAAACAACUUUCGAAGCCUCACCUCGACAGGCCUGAGCUUGUACAUAGGAUUUGGAAACUUUUCAAUUGUAUGCUGUCUCAUGACACAAGAAUGCGAUGCAGUUUUGUUGAUCUGUAUUACACUUUAUAUGGUGUGAAAAAGCCAAUAUGCCUCCCAGUGUGUGAUAUACCAGGACUUUCAAAAAUCAAAAGUCCCCCUCAUGAGGAGGCGUCAACAUCAAUUGCGCCUGGAAUAAAACGGAAGGCAGCGUCACCUAUGCAAAAAGAGGAACCUGCUGUUGAUGAUUUGGGAAUUGUUACACCACAAGUUCCUGUUAAGGACGAUAACAAAAAAAUAAAGACUGAAAAAGGAGCAGGAGGAAAAUCUGAUUACUUUUCAGACAAUUCGGCAUCCUUACCUGGCCUGACUGGCGUUAGAGGGCCUACUGGAUUUGAACCUGGAAUGUUCAAAAAAGAAGAUCUAGACAAAUCUGAAAAUCCAUCUAAGGGCAAGAAGAAGAAAAAAGACAAAAAGAAGCAUAAACACAAGCAUAAGCAUAAACACGAACAUAAGCACAAAGAGAAAAAGGACAAAGACAAAGAGAAGGAUAAGGACAAGGAAAAAGAAAAGGACAAAGAUAAAGAGAAGGAUGCUGACAAGAAUGUAAAAAUAAAAAAAGAAGAAACGUUAAGUUCUGACAGUUCUACAGCUAGUCCAACGCCAACAAACUUCGUCAAUGUUGAAUUUCCAUUUUAAAAUAAUUAGUUUAUUUUCCCCCAAUUUUAAAUAUUAUAUGUAUAGAACUUUUUUUUUUGUAAAAUUUAUUUUAUGCUAAAUAAGAAGACGUUUACUAUAA